UCAGUCACCAAAUUAACUCGAGUCAAGCCAAUGGAAGUACAGUGAAAUGUUUUUAAUGUACAUGUUGGUGAAAAAAGGACAACUCUUUGUGUUUUGGUUGCAAGUAUUUGAGAACCCAAAAGAAAAUGGGUGAUGGAAAUGGCUCCUAUGUUGAUGUGGCUCCAAAUCAAGCACGACUAGACUUUCUCCAAUUCCAGAAUUAUUAGAGCUUCAAUAUCUUUCAGCUUUACUCUUUCAAUGGUUUUCUGCAAAGCCACUCCUUUCUCGUGGACCCACACCAUCUCUACCUUUCUUCACGUUCCUCAACCACUGUCCGGUUUUGAGACCAAGAGACUAAGGGUUUGGUGUGGCUCUGAUCAGAACAAGAAGGAUCAGAUGAUCAUAUCAAUAACUGGAGCUACAGGAUUUGUAGGCAGAAGAUUGGUGCAAAGGCUGUCUACAGAUAAUCACAAUGUUCGUGUAUUGACAAGGUCUAGAUCUAAGGCUGAGUUAAUUUUUCCUGUCAAGGACUUUCCAGGUAUCGUGAUCGCAGAGGAGCCAGAAUGGAAAGGGUGCAUUCAAGGAUCACAUGGUGUUGUAAAUUUGGCUGGAAUGCCCAUAAGUACAAGAUGGUCUUCUGAGAUAAAGAAGGAGAUCAAGCAAAGCAGGAUUAGAGUCACCUCAAAGAUUGUAGGACUGAUAAAUGAUACACCGGAUACAGUUCGGCCCAAAGUUUUGGUUAGUGCAACAGCUGUCGGUUACUAUGGUACUAGUGAGACACAAAUAUUUGAUGAACAAAGUCCAUCGGGAAAUGAUUAUUUGGCUGAGGUUUGUAGAGAAUGGGAAGCAGAAGCCCUCAAAGUAAAUAAGGAUGUUAGAUUAGCUCUUAUUCGCAUUGGAGUUGUUCUUGGUAAAGAUGGUGGUGCUUUAGCUAAAAUGGUCCCUCUCUUCAAGGUGUUUGCCGGUGGACCUUUGGGCUCUGGAAACCAAUGGUUUUCAUGGAUUCAUCUGGAUGACAUAGUGAACCUAAUAUAUGAAGCUCUAUCCAAUCCAUCUUAUAAAGGAGUUAUCAAUGGAACUGCACCAAAUCCUGUUAGACUGGCAGAAAUGUGUGAACAUUUGGGAAAUGUCUUGGGUAGGCCUUCAUGGCUUCCUGUACCAGACUUUGCACUCAAAGCAGUCCUCGGAGAAGGUGCUACUGUGGUUCUUGACGGGCAAAGGGUUCUUCCAGCUAGAGCAAAGGAGUUAGGUUUCCCUUUCAAAUAUUCUUACAUAAAAGAUGCAUUGAGAGCCAUUCUAUCAUAGAAGAUGUAUGAUACGCGACAGAGACUACAUUCUCAUGCUCUUCAUUCUUUUAGUUAGAGAAGGUGCAGAGCUCCUCCUAAUGCUGGAUUAAACAUACAGAAUAUGACCUUUGUAUUCAGAUUAUAUGGGAUUGAGGAGUGCAUUGAGACAACUUUUAGCCAAAAAAAACAAAAAAAGUAAUUGGUGAACAACUUUUUUAUUACAAGUUUUUUUAUAUUAUGAUAAUAUUAAUUACAUGUCUCAAAAGUUGAUUUUGAAUAUAUUCAAGUUGGACCAC